AUGCGGGUGAUGCCCUCACUCAGCAAUUCUCGUCCUAUUUCUUCUUUUAUUUUCAAUAAUGGCAUUUUUGGGGCGAUUGCUAGCGUGUGCAGUUCAGUGGGUGUUUGUUUGUGGGAAUUUGUUGCUUCUGCUGCUGGCUGUUUUGAUAUGAAGGAUACGCUGUCAAUCAAGGAAAUUCAACCUCAUGUUAGGAGGUGGACAGCAUUGGUUCAGGUGGUUGACAAGGGCCACGUCUCUGUGAGCCAAAAUGAUUCGUCCAUCUCCUACUGCCGCUUUCUAUUUGUAGAUGCUGAGGGAACAAAGGUUUCUGCGGUCGCAUACAAUAACAACAUAAGAACAAACGCCGCCCUUUUGGUUCCAUUCAAAUGGUGCUAUGUUUCAGGCGCCACACUAAAAAAGGUUGAGAAGAAAUAUCUGGUGGGUGAUUAUAUCUAUUCUUGGACAAUCAACAACAACACUUUAAUCCAACCUUGUGAAGAAAAGAUGCCUGCCCAACUGGUUUUCUCUGUGGACCUGCAGGAGUACAAAAAACUCCACUCUUUUGCUGACACUGAUAAUUUACAGAAUGUGAUGGGUGUGGUCGUGCACUCUUUCCCAUCCAGACAGAUUGGUGAAGACUCGGUCACUAGAGAAAUAAUCCUUGUCAAUGAGGAAAAAAUACCGAUCAUGUUCACCCUCUGGAAUGAUUUUGCUACAAAUGAAGGAUCGCAACUUGCAAAUAACAUUCACUCAGCAAAUAUUGUUUUGGCUCUGAAAGUCAGAGUCACAACGUUUAAUGGGAUUUCUUUGUCCACUAGAGCUCCAAGCGCGAUAUUAAUUAAUCCUCCAAUGGAUGCAGCAGUUGAGCUUAAGCAAUGGUAUUCCCAGCACAAAAAUGAGAUUGACGAUAUGAUUGGAAGGGCUGCGUACAAAGACACCACUAUCCUGCUGCCUUAUCCAUCAACAGACAACGUUCUCUCGGUGCACACCAUGCUUAGUGGCGUUAAUAAUGUUCGAGCAGCGUGGAUUAAGGGUUGUGUGACUCUGCCACAUAUUCAACAGUCGCUGUGGUUUAGUGCAUGUGCCAGCUGCCAUAAGAAAUUUGACUUGCAAACGAGCUCAGCCAUUAGGUGCAGCUCUUGCAGUCAAAACAGCAUGAUAGAAGCUAGAGCUAGGAUCCCUUUGGAAAUCGCUGAUGGCACUGGAAUACUUUCGGCUGUAGUAUAUGGAGAGGAUGCGGAAAGACUUAUUGCUUACACAGCACAACAGCUUCAGACAGCAGAGGAUAAGGGUGCUGAUUUCGUAGCAACGAUUCGCUCUGCCAUAUGCGGAAAACAUGUUGUAUGCUUUGUGAGGGUCUUUCAGGCUGCUGGCCCCACGUACUCGGUUGUGAAACUUUAUACAGAUGGGGAUGUAGCCAGCCUCGAGCUGCAACCUUCAUCUUCUCGUGCCAACAUUGCACAAUUGAAUAAACCUUUAGAUGCGAAUGACAAAGGCGUGGAGUUGGAUAACAUAGAGGCUGAGGAUGAAGUGGAAACCCAAUUGUUUACGCCGUCUGCUAAAGCAUGCCUAGAAGCUAUUCUUGAUGAGCCUACAACCAUGUCUACACCAAAAGAAUCCAAGUCAACCGCUGUUCGUUCUCUCCUCUUUGAGAAUCCUGAAACUACUGCAGAAUCUUUGGUUGCUACAGACACACACAAUGCUCCUGAUGUCCACGCGGCCUACAUAAGAACUGGGAAGAAGAAAAUGUCUGUAAGUCCUGCUAAGAAGCCGCGCACUGAGGAAUGA